CAUUGCGCCAUCAUGUGAUUCCAAUCCCGGAAAAACAACAGGAAAAGUUUGUGUCGCAACUUGCUCUGUCAAAACAUUUAAUUUUCCAUUCUUUUUAAAACAAUUAUUGUACGAAUGCGUUGGACUAUAUGAUAUAACAAUGAAGUCUGCAUUGUUACACGUUUUAGUUCCCUUUUGUGUUUGUGUCGUUUUGGCGAACACUGGUCUAUUCAACAGCGUUUUAGUCGACAUAAGCUAUGAUCACUACGCCGAGAAGACAGUUGACUACCUACCCUGUUACCUGGCAAUGCCAUUCAACUCCUUGGUCAAUUUGGGAUACAUUUUCAUGGGCAUUUACUGGCUACUUCAACGGACGAACGGUAAAAGAGACACUAGGGCAGAUUACGUCAAAGACAUGUUCGCACUCAUGGCCAUUGCCUACGCACCUGUGCAGUGGGUGCGCCUCGCGACUCUCCUUCGUGCGCCCGCUGUUUUGGACCAGUGGUUCACGCUUCCCAUCUUCGCGUGGGUGCUGGUGUGGUGCGAUUUUAUCGAGCACGGUUGGCGGCCACGGUACGCGUUAACGGUCGAGUUGUGCUCCAUUCUCAGCUAUGGCCUUUCGCUGGUGCACGACCAAGGGUUCGAGGUGGCCCUCGGAUGUCAUGUGGCCUUCGCGGUCAUCAAAGGUGUAGGGGUAAACCGUAACCAUGGGGACUGCCAUUCCCGGAGAUACCUGGGUCUUGCGGUACUGUCCUGCAGUGGUUUCGUGUUGCUGAAACUGUUGGAUCACACCCUGGCCCGAUACCGACCGUUCCAACAUCUCACUGGACACUUCUGGUCCAAAGUGUGUGACGUUCUGCAGUUCCACUACAGUUUCUGCUUUCUCACGCGCUUCACAAGCAUAGCACCAAAACGMACUGAAUAGGUCUGWCCAUGGAUGYUCAAUGGCAAUAGGUCUGAGUCUGUCUGCAAUUAAUGUGUGUUAAGUCAUUCAAUUGUCUUCGUGGACUUAAGGGAGCAGAAAUUGUGUAGAAGAAACGUAACCCACUUCAGGGACAAAAUGACAAAACUGUGUCGGUCAUCCACUGAAGUUAUAUUCUAGAUAGUAGGCCAAUCACACCUAAUUCAGAUUUGAAAAAAAUGUAGGUACAGGUAGGCUGGUUUGAUAAAAUGCAGAGGGGAAAAUGCAGCAAGAACUGAGUCAGCCAAUGAUUUAAGACUGAUGAAGAUAUAUUUGUUUUUUUCUUUGUAAUUUUAACCAAUGCACAACAUCUCGUUUGUUAACAUCUAAUCUCAUAAGAAAUCAACAUCAGUGCAACAUAUAUUUCCAACAAAUGUGUAAAUAUGUCAAAACAAUCAUUGUCAUAAUAUCUCAAAUUGGAGGAAUUAAAACUGUUUUAUGAGAAA